GGCGCCGGCCUCGUGCAGCGCCGGUCGCCGCCACUUACGCGGCAUGCGGCCCGCGCUCGCCGCGAUCGCGGCUUGCUGCGUGGUGACACGCGCCGAGCCGUCUGCGCGCCUCGCUCCGCGCAACACUACCCCCCACCAUGUCCUCUCGUGCUCGGAUGGGCUGGUCCUGCCUGCGUGGCAGCCUCUCGAGGAUGUGCCCACCUACGAGAUCGCCUUCCGAGGCGUCGUCUACUUCCUCUGCCUCAUGUAUCUCUUCAUCGGAGUGUCCAUCGUCUCCGACAGAUUUAUGGCCGCCAUAGAAGUUAUCACGUCAAGAGAGAAGGAGGUGCGCGUGCGACGGAACGGCAGCGAACAGAUUGUAGUCGUUAGAGUAUGGAAUGAGACCGUCGCUAAUUUAACUUUGAUGGCAUUAGGCUCUAGCGCACCUGAGAUCUUAUUAUCAGUCAUUGAAAUAGCGGGGAAGAACUUCGAAGCUGGUGAUUUAGGACCCGGUACUAUCGUGGGAUCUGCAGCUUAUAACUUAUUUGUGAUCAUAGCCAUCUGUGUCGUAGUGAUACCAGAUGGCGAAGUUAGGAAGAUUAAACAUCUGAGAGUGUUCCUUGUGACAGCUACGUGGUCCAUCUUCGCGUAUGUGUGGCUCUAUCUCAUAUUAGCUGUCAUCUCGCCAAAUGAAGUAGAAGUUUGGGAAGGGCUGGUCACUUUUCUCUUCUUCCCCGCAACUGUAUUAACUGCUUACAUUGCCGAUCGCCGUUUGCUCAUGUAUAAAUAUCUAAAGAAGGGCUAUAGAGUAAACGAAAGAGGAGUUAUUGUAGAAGCCGAAGGUGAUGGCUCAGUUGAAAUGGCUCUUAAGCCCGGAGGAGAUGAUUUCAUGUCAGAUGACGAAGAAGGAAGAGAACAAGAAAAAUCUAGAAAAGAAUAUGUAACAGUACUUAGGGAAUUAAGAAGACAACACCCCGAAGAAGAUUUGGAUACCGUAGAAAGGAUGGCAUUAGAGACGUUAAUGUCGCGAGGCCCGAAGUCAAGGGCGUUCUACAGAGUUGCUGCCACUCGCAAAAUGACAGGCGGAGGUGAUUUCUCUAGAAAAAUAUCUGAACGUGCUCAAAGCGACUUAAGUGAAGUUAAAGCAGAGUUACAACGGCGAGAGUCAGGAUCCUUGUCACUUGAGCCACGGGGACCGAAUGUCCGAUUUGAUCCGGACCACUACACCGUGAUGGAAAACUGCGGAUCCUUCGAAGUGAGGGUCGUCAGAGCUGGUGACUUAAACGGUGAAAUAUCAGUGCAAUAUACCACUGAAGAUGGAACAGCUGAGGCUGGCUCUGACUACGUCGCCGCCCAAGGAUCCCUAGUGUUCAAACAAGGGGAGACAGAAAAGACCUUCAGCGUCCAAGUAAUAGACGACGACGUUUUCGAAGAAGAUGAGCAUUUUUAUGUGCGUCUGUCAUCUCCAAGAGGAGCCUGUUUAGCAUCUCCCUCAUCAGCUACGGUAGUGAUAUUGGACGAUGAUCAUUCUGGUGUGUUUUCGUUCCCUCAACGGGACUUUGAGCUGACGGAGUCCGUGGGUACUUACGACUUGAAGGUCGUGAGGACAGCGGGCGCCCGCGGGAAGGUGAGGGUGCCAUACUGGACCGAAGAUGGCACCGCGAAAAAUGGUGUUCAGUACGAGUCGGCUCAAGGCAACGUGAUAUUCGAAAACAACGAAACUGAAAAAUUCAUACCUCUGCAUAUAAUAGAAGAAGACAGCUACGAGAAAGACGUUCUGUUUUACGUUAACCUCGGCGACCCGGAGUUACUUGGGGAGGUGUUCGAAACAUUCCUACCAGACGCCUCGGGCUCCGUCUCUGUACAGUUUUCUCCCGAUGAUGACAACCCCGUGGCUACUGUGAAUGAAGCUAAUCAUCUGGCAACACUGCCGGAGGAAGAGGCAGUAGUCGCCAUGAUGGGGUUGCCAAGAGCUGGGGAGAUCACCAGAGCUCAACUCAGGAUUAAGGAAAGCAAGGAGUUUAAAAAUACAGUAGACAAACUAGUACAAAGAGCAAACGCAUCAAUUAUAAUAGGCACGUCCUCGUGGAAGGAACAGUUUUCGGAAGCGUUGACUGCUAGCUCAGGUUCUGAUGACCCUGACGAGCCACCCUCCUGCUUCGACUACGUGCUACACGUCGUCACGUUAUUCUGGAAGAUUGUGUUCGCCUUGAUUCCUCCUACGGACAUAGGCGGUGGCUACGUCUGCUUCGUAGUAUCAAUCGUCUGCAUCGGCUUGGUGACAGCCGUCAUAGGCGACGUGGCUUCUCACUUCGGCUGUACUCUUGGCAUCAAGGACUCGGUCACAGCCAUCGUGUUCGUCGCGUUGGGGACCAGCAUACCUGAUACUUUCGCGAGUAAAGUAGCGGCCUGUCAAGAUAAGUACGCAGAUGCUUCAGUGGGCAAUGUCACGGGGUCCAACGCUGUGAAUGUGUUCCUAGGCAUCGGGGUCGCUUGGACCCUGGCUGCUAUCGUACACUGGAGUAAAGGCGAGAGGUUCUAUAUCGAUCCUGGGAACCUCGCCUUCAGCGUGACGAUGUACUGCUCCGAAGCCUGCCUAGCCGUCUUAGUCCUCGUCCUCCGAAGACGGAAAAGCAUCGGAGGGGAGCUCGGAGGCCCCAAGACUAUCAAGAUCCUCACCUCUAUGUUCUUCUUCUCACUCUGGCUGAUUUACCUCACCAUGUCCAGCUUGGAAGCCUAUGACGUCAUCCAGGGCUUUUAAAUGUCCAAAUUCUGGUAAAGUUCUUGGAACUACUGAAACUUUGGCCUGUUUCUUACGACCAGUUUGAGUUGGGGCAUAAAAAUUUGUUGUAGGAAGGUCGUAAGCGACACGGUA